AUGACUGCUCCUGUCAAGGAUGAGUCCAAGAGGAGCAGUGAGAUGAGAAAGUAUGCCGCGAUAACGCCGCACACCUAUGUCAUGGAGGGCGAUCCCGUGGGAAAAGGAACCUACGGAACGGUUUGGAAGGGCCAAUGCCUUGAGACGAAGGAGCCUGUCGCAAUGAAGAAGGUUGACCUUCGCUUCGAGAAGGAAGGUUUGCCCACUACGUGCGUGCGAGAGAUCCGCGCUCUCCGCCGGAUGAGCGACGCCCUCGAAGAGGAGAAGAAAACCAAAGGGCCCGGACUGGAGAAGAACGUCGUUCGGCUCCUGGAUAUCUGGACUGAAAAGCCUGCUGGUUCUUUGGUGGGCGACACCUACCUCGUCUUCGAGUAUGUGCAUCACGAUCUCACAGGUUAUGUUCAUUACCGCGGCAGGAAGCUGCUUCUGCAGGAAGUCAGGUGUCUGGGCAUUCAGAUGUGCCGAGGGCUCCUGUUCUGCCACGAGCAAGGCAUCAUGCACCGGGACUUGAAGCCCUCCAACAUCCUCCUUACGCAAGAGGGCAUCGUGAAGCUCUGCGACUUCGGCCUCUCCCGGACUUUCCACAACGUGGACCCCGGGCCCUACACCUACAGGGUCAUCACGCUGUGGUACCGUCCGCCGGAGUUGCAUUUAAACUGCGACAAGUACGACCCCAGCGUCGACAUUUGGAGUAUGGGCUGCAUCAUUGCCGAGCUGAUUACCGGUCGACCGGUAUUCGCCGAUGGAAACAGCGACAUUCAGAUGUUGCGAAGCAUUCGGACCAAAUGUGGCUUUUGGAACCGAAGCCAGUGGCCGGAAGCUCUGACAAAACUGCCUGGGUUUGACAACGGCUGGAAGGUGUUCAGCAAAGACCAGGCUCCGGCGGACCACGUAAGCAUCUACGAGCAAGCCAGCGCUGGGGGGAGGGUGCAAGGAGCGAAGCGCCGCUGUCCUCAAGCGGGCCAGCUUCUCAAGGAGACGAUCUGCUUGGAUCCUGCCAGACGAAUCGAUGCAGCCGCAUUGGCGAACCACCAAUUCUGGACUGCGGACCUGGGCAGUUGCCAGCCCGGAGAAUUGAAGAUGCCGCCAGCAACCGCGCACUUCAAGGAGCUUGGGGUGAGCCAGCGGCAACAUCAACGAGAGGCGCGUGCCGACCAAGACGUCGCCAAUGAUCCAAGGCGGAAACGACCGCAACAGCAGCCUGUCGCAGGUCCGACUCCGAAACGACAGCGGGCUCCAUGA